AAAUUUUUAUGAAGUUUUAUCAUUCUUACCUUUCCCCUUUUUCCUUUAUGUAAAGAAAAAUAGAAGGCUAUAUGUUUCCUCAAAAAUCCUCUAGUGGCCUCGCACGUGUGAAAUCUGAUGCGGGCGUGCCACUUACUUUGCUGAAAGUAAGAAAGGAGGACUUUCCCAACGACCCUCUCCUUCCUCACGGUCGACCUCUUCGCAGAUGGUGGGAAGAACGUUGGAUUAAAAUGAAAUUUGCGCCUUCAGACGAUUUGCAAGAGGGAGGGAUACCUUCUUGCAGAAUAGGAACAAAUUUGUCUACUGGAAUGAGGAAAAACAACCUAAUUCUAAUGGAAUCUGUGCUGAAAUACGAAAUCUGUGCUGAAAACCGAAAUCUGGAAGCAUGUGCAGAGAAAAUCAAAGUAUGAAAAGUUGCAGUUGUUUGAGUAGGGCUGGCCGUGUCUCCUCUUUGUGCCGAAGUUCCCUUUUUGUUCCUCUUUGUGCCGGCAGUUACUCAAUCAUAGGUAGUUUGUUGGAGUAGUGGGACACCUCACCUUUUGACCUAGUCUAAAAACCCCUUUCAGAUUUUGCCACCUGGACUUUAUCAGAUAAAAUCUCCUUUUUAAA